AUGGUCGAUGCGCAGCGUAAGCGCCCACAGUCCGUCGAUCGCUUACCACCAUCUUCCGCGACUUCCCCCACCCAACAACCUCGCGCCCAGAGCGACCUGGAGCACGCCCGGCGCCAAAUUUCGCCUCCCCGCGCCGGCUCCGUCGCCAAUGGCGCGCCCCCAGUGAUCGCUAGCGACGACGACGACCGAGAUGAGGACGAUUUCACCUCCUCGUCGGGCAGUAAUACUAGCGAAGAUGAAAGUGAUGAAGAUAACGACGAGCAAGCCCAGUCCGGUGAUGGUGACGUCAAAAGCGACGAUGGCUCACUGCCACAUAUAUCGGGGUGCUCGAAACCGCUAAUCCGCCGCGUCGACAAAGAUCCUGGUCUCAUGGCUCGGUUAUCGGCCUUUUUGCCACAGAUAAGAAGCGCCAACGAGGAUUUGCAGCGUGAAAUUGACGCCGGGAGAGGAAAGAAUCUGAGACUGGAUGAGGUGGAUGAACUUCAUGAGGGGCGGUAUAUUGAGAUGAAUUUAGGUCUAGGUGUAUUGGAAGAGCAACACUCCGACGACCACGUCGAUAAAUCGGAUGGAGGUCAUACAAAUCACUCGGAAUCGAGCUCGAAACAGAACGACUCGAACAAUCUGGAGAAAUUGAUGGGGAAGAACGAGGAAGCGUCCCCGUCGAAUAUACCUACCAUCGAAGAGCUAUAG